CCCUCAAUCCGAUCUAACCUCGUUGCGGCACUGAACUUAAUAAAAGAUGCCACUGAGUCAACAUCUGAUUUAACAGGUAAGACCCCAAUCCUAACGAUCGCCUUCAUGAAUUCCAAUGAUUCGGCAAAAUUGUCUUGAUACGUGUUUUGCAUGAAGGUUUAUAUACUAUUUUCUGUGUCUUAGCCUUCCAACCGUAGUGCUCUUUUCCACGACACGAUUCCUUCUAUACUUUGACAUACUCGGGGCCUCUCUUUCAUUCUCUGUGCAUUUAUAGACUGUGAACGGUCUUUCUGUAUGUAUUUACACACUUGACACAGGCCGCACUAAGAGGGACAUAGUGUUCCUUCUCGAUGGUUCAGACGACUCGAGAAACGGACUGCCAGCAAUUCGGGAGUUCAUCAGAAGAACGGUAGAACAGCUGGACAUUGAUGAUGAUAAGGUCCGGAUGGCCGUCCUUCAGUAUAGUGACGACACCAGAGUUUACUUUAACUUGACGGCCCAUGGGUCCAAACGAGCCAUCAUCUAUGCUGUUAGAAGCCUUCGGCAUAAAGGAGGGAGGCCGAGGAACACUGGAGCCGCACUCGACUAUGUUCGGGAUUACAUUUUCAACCCUGCUUCCGGAAGCAGAGUUGUACAGGGAGUCCCUCAGAUUCUUUUUUUAUUGACCGGAGGCAAAUCCAAUGAUGAAAUUUCAGGAGCUGCAGCUGACCUCCAUCAACUUGGUGUUGUAGCUUUUGCUAUUGGAAUGAAAAACGCAAAACAAGAGGAGCUAGAAGAAAUUGCCUCCUCUUCUGCUUAUGUUUUUAAUCUACCUGUCUUUGGUGAACUUUUGUCUGUCCAACAAGACAUAGUGUCUUUUGUUCAGGUGGGAAAAGCACUUGAGUCUCCUGUAGGUAAGAACUGCCUCUGGUUUUGCUUGGUUUUGAGACAUUUGCUCCUUUUUUCGAAUGAAACUGCAUCAACAUCUGGAACGUCUGUCCAUCAGUUCCAUAUCGCUAAAGUUUCUCCUCUUGUUCAGAGAAACUUGGUUACCAUUUUUCUUUUAUGGCUCACCUACUUUCCUCUCUGAAGAGCCUUCUCUUGACAGGUUCCCCAUCGUCUCCGUUUCUAAAGCUCUUCCUUGAGCCAAUGAUUAUUGCAUCAUUGACAUGGAACAUAGAUUCGAUGGAAGUCUUCUCUUGCAUUGUCCAUCAAGUUUUUUUCUGUUCACACAGGAUGCCCCUUACCUUUCUGAUUUUCAAGUGUAUCACUUGUCUUUCUUGAACGAUUUAUCUAUGCAAGGAAUACUACAACAACCAUGUAAAUUAUGCCAUUUUAAGUGUUUUUGAUCCUAAAUGAGGUUUCACCCUUUUUUUCCUAGUGCAACAAGACUCCCCACAAAGAGACAUUGUGUUUCUGGUGGAUGGUUCAGAUGAAACUUUGAGUGGAUUUCCGUACAUUAAAAGUUUCAUUAAACAAGUGGUUGAAACACUCAAUGUCGGUGAGAAUGGGGACCAGAUCUCUGUGGUCCAGUAUAGCAGCGACCCACAGAUGCACUUCAGUUUCAACACCUACAGUGAUUUACAAGACAUUCUUACAACUGUUGAGCAGUUGAAACACAAAGGUGGUGGGCCUCUUAACACUGGGGCAGCUCUUGAAUAUGUGAGAACCAACACCUUUGCAGAGUCCUCUGGGAGUCGGCACAAAGAAGGUGUGCCUCAGAUAUUGAUUCUGUUGAGCGGGGGUGCAUCUCAGGAUGAGGUCAAGAGCAUUGCUGCCGCUCUUAAACAGGACCAAGUUGUCGCCUUCUGCGUUGGAACCAAAAAUUCCGAUCUACUCGAGCUACAAACCAUUGCGCAUGUACCAUCCUACGCCUUUGCUCUGCGACAGUUUGAGGAUAUUGGACGAAUCUAUAAGCAGCUAGUUUCCUUUGUGAAAAGGGUGCCUCGACAGACCGGGUCAAAGCCUCGGACUGUAUUCGAUUCCAUGAGACGGGACAUUGUAUUUUUACUUGACGGAUCCGAUAAGUCUGAACCAAGAUUCCAAGACAUUAAGGACUUUGUGUUAGGCAUAGUAGCAGAGCUUCACAUUCAUGCAAACAAUGACCAGGUGGCUGUGGUUCAGUACAGCAACACGGCACAGAUUCACUUUGACCUGGGGCGUUUUUCCUCAGCAGACGUUGUUGUUGACACAAUAAGAGAUCUGAGUCACAAAGGUGGUUCGCCGAACAAUAUUGGCGCUGCCCUCCAGUAUUUGAGGGAGCAUGUCUUUACCCCUGAUGCAGGGAGCAGAUUCCCACAGGGUGUCCCGCAAAUCCUUUUUGUGCUGAGCAAUGAAAGGUCGGCUGAUGACAUAAGAGUGCCCGUCAGAAUGCUGAAAGAGAUUGGCGUGAUCAUAGUUGCCAUUGGAACAGCAAAUGCCGAUACCCUAGAACUUCAGACAAUGUCUCAUGAUGCUAAAUAUGCACUUUCUGUAAGCAAUUACAAGGAACUCCAUUCUGCUAAGGAAAGUGUUCUGUCGCUACUUAAAGAGGCUGACCACCAUUUAGAGCAAUCAGCCCCAGUGGAGAGUUUUGGUAAGCUGUUCUGUGUGGAAUCGCUAUGACAUUAAUGAGAUAUUGAUUGGUUCAAAAGGACUAUUCAAGAUGAGAAAAUAUUCUCUUGUCAGUGAUUCGUUAUGGCAGCUGACUUG